CGGGCUGAGCGGAGUGCUGGUCCGGGGCGCGUCGUCCACCGCAGCUUCUCAGCCAUGGGCGCCGUGUGGUCAGCCCUGCUGGUCGGCGGGGGUCUGGCGGGAGCGCUCAUCCUGUGGCUGCUGCGGGGCGACUCCGGGGCCCCGGGGAAAGACGGGAGUGCGGUGCCGCAGAAGGACGCCCCUCCAGCAGAGGCUGCGUCUCCGGGAGGCGGUCCGGGUGGCGGUGGCGGCCUGAGCCCUGAACCUUCCGAGCGGGAGCUGGGCUCCAAACCAGAGCAUCUUCACGGAAGCAACGGACAUUUGAUUUCUGAGACCGCAGAUCUUGGUACCUUGCAGAAAGCACAGAGAGGGCACAGUGUUGGCAGAGAGCGUGUUCCCGAUGGAAAGAUUCCAGACACACACUCCAAGGCUGACUGCGAAGUGCCAAGAAAUCAGAGCACGGAAUGGAGACUCCUCAAAGGACAAGAAACAGUUGCUAAAGCAGCUGCGAGUGGGGCGGAGAAGCCGCCCUCCAGCAGCUUGCUCAGGGACCGAGCUGAAGCAGCCAGCCUUGCACAGUCGGUCAGUCAGGACCCAGCAGGCCCCGAGGACUGGGAAGUGGUGUCUAGGCACUCAUCUUGGGGGGAUGUUGGUUUGGGUGGCAGUCUCCAGGCUUCUGGCUUAAGCCCACGUCAGGGAAUGGACGAUGGCAGAAGCAGUCUUGUGGUAGGCAGAGGCAGAGGCUGGGAAGCAGAUGGGAAGGCGCCGUCUCUGGAACCGCCGCAGGUCAGCAUCCGGUUCCAGGUGCACUACACCACAAGCACCAAUGUGCAGUUCAUUGCAGUAACUGGCGACCACGAGAGCCUGGGGGGAUGGAAUGCAUACGUCCCCCUUCACUGCCACAAGGACGGGCUCUGGUCUCAUUCUGUCUUCCUGCCUGCAGGCACAGUGGUGGAGUGGAAGUUUGUGUUGGUAGAGAACAAGGAAAUUACACGAUGGGAAGAAUGCAGCAAUAGACGCCUACAGACUGGCCAUGAGGAUAAAGUGGUUCAUGGGUGGUGGGGGAUUCCCUGACUCAGUUUGCAAAGCAUCCACGAGGCUGCAGCAGGGUGCAGAAGAGGCUGAGGCUGUAGAGCACACCGCAUGGUUUAAAGUAAGGGCGGUGUGAUUCCAAUUGUAGCCAUCAGAGUUCUUUCAGAUUUGCUAGUGUAGCUUCUGUCCAAAAGGUAGGAAGAUAAAUGCAUGCAAGCAAUGCUUCCCGUGAGCUGGGACUUUUCCCUUGUUGCAUUGACUGGUUUGUGCAGACACACCGUUACUUGAGCGGGACUGCUCAGGGCCUGGGUAGUUGAUUUGGCUAAAAGCCUGAGGUCUGGCCUAUGGGCAAGGAGAAACUAAUCAACUGCACAAGUAUGAGGUAGAGCCCUUGGGAGCUCUUAGAAUAGGGAGAUUCCAAUAAGCCUCGUUAAAUCCAGCUAAAGCAACACUGUUUACAUUUAAAAUUAACACUGAAAGGACCUGUGACCAGUAAGGAUCUGAGUGAAAUUCAAGACUCCCUGUUAGUUUCUGUCCCAUUUUAACUGCUGAGGAUAGAUGGGAAGCUGGCUGGUAUGUCUUUGUCUUAGUGGUUGAAAGCCUAAUCAGAGUUGGUCAUCCAGGAAGGAGAGCAUGAGAGGCUGUGAGAUGCUGAGGUGGCUUGAAGGGUAUGCUUCUAUGAGGGCUGGGGGUUACAGGGCCGUGUCUGGCUCCAGCAUAGGGUGCAUCUGUCCUCUACACACAGUGGCCUGGCCGGACCAUCUCCGCUCACUGUCCCACCCCACUCCCACCAGGUCUCAACAAAUGGGCUGCCCUAAAGCAGUUUUUUUCCAUCUGUUACCUCUUCACUCUCCUUUCAUACCAGUGAGUGAAAAUCUAUAUAGGACCAUGAUACAGAAGAAUAUCUUUGCUCUGAGAAAUAAUUAUUAAGCAUUAAGUUAUAAUUGAAUAAUAAAUCCUGAAUUUUAGUGUCUUUAUUAAAUGCCUAAAUUAUUUGUUUCAAUUUUAGCACCAUAACCUAGAUAUAAAAUAACUGUAUAAUAUUUUACAUAUAGAGAGAAAAGCAAACAUCAAAAUUUACAGCAGACAUGGAGAAUCUGUUUUCCCUCUCUUGGGGAAAGUUUAAAAAAAAUUUUUUUUUUUUUUUUUUUUAGAAAGUCUUAAAUGUUUUUAAAAACUUUGCUUAGAAAGGAAUUUUUGAGGCAGAGUUUUUUUGUAGCCCAGGCUUACCCCAAUAUUCAUUAUGUAGCCAAGUAUGCCUUGAAACUGCAUCCACUUCUCAAGUCCUAGGAUUAUAGGUGUGUGCCACUGUACCCAGUUUUGUGUAGUGCCAGGCAAGCACUCCACAACUGAGUUACACCCCAGCUUUGCUGUUUUGAGACGGAUAGCCCAGACUGGCCUGGAACUUGCUAUGUAGCUAAGGAUGAUCUUCAGCCCUGAUUUUUCUACUUCCACCUUCCGAGCACUUGGAUAAAAUGAGUUUUUGUGUUAAAGCAGUCUUAGUACAACACUACAGUAACUAUUGGCAAAACAGUAUUUAAUCCUGGCUAAGAUGGCCUCUGCUGACAAAAUCCUAGAUUCAGUGGGAGGCAGCAUUGGAAACUGUUUAGCAUGCUGUUUGGAAGCUUUGGGCUCACAGCACUUUUGAGAUGAAUUCAUACAUUCUGCUUAUGUAUCUCAUAAUGCGGUCUGCAGAAGGUACUGGCCAUUACUUCACAAUGCUCAAGCAUCCCUAUGAAGUAAAGCAAUUCAAAUAAGCCUCUAGAAUUCUAUUUCUAGUUACCUGAUGAAAUAAAAGUUAAUCUUUCAUUAAAGCCAA